UCAGCCCUCCAUCCAAGGAAAGAAGGGACACUCUGCUAUUAAAGCUCCCCACUUGGCUGUCUGCUUAAAAACCUCUCUUCUCCUCUUUCAUUCUUCACAAAAUAAAGAGGAGAUCCAAAGAGGUUGUUGCUUUCCCUUUUUUUUGUUUUUUGGGUUUUCCAUUUUAGAUCCAAACACAGCAACUUCAUUUCUGACAACCCGCUUCUACUCUCUGCUUCUCGCAAAACAGAACUUCAAGAUUUAUACUUGAAACUGCUACAAUGUUGUGUUAGAAAAAUACAUGAUCAAAGCCUUGACAGGAUUCGGCAUUUUAUUGUGUAUAUAACAAGCGUCAUAAUAUUAAAGCAAGCAUGGCUAUGGGAAAAUAUUCCCGUGUUGAUGGGAAGAAGUCAUCCAACUACUGUUCUACAAUCACUGUGGUUGUGUUUGUUGCUUUGUGUUUAGUUGGGGCUUGGAUGUUUAUGUCAUCAUCUGUUUCAGUUCAAAAUUCAGACUCGUCUUCCCAAGAGAAAGUGAAUGAUGUGAAACGAGUGGCUGGCGAAAAUAAUUCUAAGCAAUUUGAAGACAGUCCUGGUGAUUUACCGGAUGAUGCAACCAAAGAAGAUGGGAACACUGUUGAUUCUCAAAGUGAUAGCCAAUCUGAUGUCCAUGAAGACCAAAAUGUGACUGAAAAAGAGAGUGAAGGUACAGUUGAGGAUAACAAGGAUGAGAAGACUGAGUCUAAGAAUAUGGUUGAAGAAAACCAGGAUGAGAAGACUGAGUCUAAGAAUAUGGUUGAAGAAAACCAGGAUGAGAAGACUGAAUCUCAAGAGGAACCAAAGACAGAGACUGAAAAGGAUGGAAAAACAGAGGAUAGAGGGUCAAAUUCAGGAGAUGGAGAAUCAAAUUCAGAAGCUGGAGAGAUGCCAGCUCAAGGUGAUGAAACAAAUAAAAGCGAGCAAACAGAAUCAGAGGAGAGCUCAGGUGAAAAUAAAUCCGAGUUGGACGAGGGGGAGAAAAACUCAGACUCAGGAGAGAGUGCAAAUGAAAAUAACCAGGAUGGUGCUACUGAGAAUAACGUGGAUAGUCAAGAGAAUGAUCAAACUUCCAUUGAGAUUUUACCUGCCGGUGCACAAUCAGAACUUCUAAAUGAAACUAAUACUCAAAAUGGGGCUUGGUCAACUCAAGUGGUGGAGUCACAGAAAGAGAAGAUAUCGCAACAAUCUUCAAUAUCUAAGGAUCAAAAUGGUCAUGCAUGGAAACUUUGUAAUGUCACUGCUGGACCAGAUUACGUCCCUUGCCUUGAUAAUUGGUAUGUUAUAAGAAGGCUUUCAAGCACAAAGCACUAUGAACAUCGAGAGAGGCACUGCCCUCAAGAAGCCCCCACUUGUCUGGUAUCCAUACCUGAAGGAUAUCGACGCUCAAUUAAGUGGCCUAAAAGCAAGGAUAAGAUAUGGUACUAUAAUGUUCCCCACACCAAGCUUGCUGAGGUUAAGGGACAUCAGAAUUGGGUUAAACUUACUGGUGAAUAUCUGACUUUUCCUGGUGGUGGAACUCAGUUCAAGCACGGUGCUCUUCAUUAUAUUGAUUUCAUCCAGGAUUCACAUCCUGAUAUUGCAUGGGGGAAAAGAACCAGAGUGAUAUUGGAUGUUGGGUGUGGGGUGGCAAGCUUUGGAGGUUAUCUUUUUGAAAGAGAUGUUCUCGCAAUGUCAUUUGCUCCCAAGGAUGAACAUGAAGCUCAGGUUCAAUUUGCACUUGAAAGGGGAAUCCCUGCAAUGUUGGCUGUUAUGGGCACCAAGAGAUUACCCUUUCCUAGUUCUGUUUUUGAUGUUGUUCACUGCGCACGCUGUAGGGUUCCUUGGCAUGUUGAAGGUGGUAAACUUCUUUUGGAGCUGAAUCGAGUUUUGCGACCUGGUGGUUACUUUGUCUGGUCUGCCACCCCAGUUUAUCAAAAGCUUCCAGAAGAUGUGGGCAUUUGGAAAGCCAUGUCCAAACUAACAAAGUCAAUGUGCUGGGAUCUGGUGGUGAUUAAAAAGGACAAACUAAAUGGUGUUGGUGCUGCAAUAUUUAGAAAACCAACUUCCAAUGACUGUUAUAAUAAUAGACCCCAAAAUGAGCCUCCACUGUGCAAAGAAUCUGAUGAUCCAAAUGCAGCAUGGAAUGUCCCACUUGAGGCAUGCAUGCAUAAAGUGCCUGAAGAUGCAUCAGUGCGUGGGUCUCGAUGGCCUGAGCAAUGGCCACAAAGGCUGGAGAAACCACCGUACUGGCUGAAUUCUCAGGUUGGAGUUUAUGGUAAAGCUGCGCCAGAGGAUUUUGCUGCUGACUAUGGCCACUGGAAAAAUGUUGUUUCCAAAUCUUAUUUGAAUGGAAUGGGAAUCAACUGGUCUUCUGUAAGAAAUAUCAUGGACAUGAGAGCUGUAUAUGGAGGGUUUGCUGCGGCACUGAAAGAUUUGAAAGUGUGGGUUAUGAAUGUAGUCCCAAUUGACUCUGCAGACACGCUUCCAAUAAUUUACGAGCGUGGUUUAUUUGGAAUGUAUCAUGAUUGGUGCGAAUCAUUCAACACCUAUCCUAGAACUUACGAUCUUCUCCAUGCCGAUCAUCUCUUUUCCAGUCUCACAAAGAGGUGCAACUUAGUGGCAGUAAUAGCAGAAGUUGACAGGAUACUGAGGCCAGAAGGAAAUCUGAUCGUGCGUGACAAUGUUGAAAUCAUUGGUGAGAUUGAGAGCCUGGCCAAAUCUCUGAACUGGGAUAUCCGGAUGAUUUACUCAAAAGACAAUGAGGGACUGAUUUGUGUUCACAAGACAAUGUGGCGUCCUACAGAGCCAGAAACAAUAACGUCAGCCAUUAUAUAAACCUGAUGCUUCAGCUUGUACCUUCCAUUUGAGGUUUACCUAGCUGCUGGUAUUGAUGUCGUCCAGGUAUUAUUCUGCCAUCUUUAGGCAUUUGAGGGUUAGUAUCAAUUAGCUCUAUUUCUCCACAAGCAAUUGUAAAAUUAUAGUUAAUUAGUUUGUUAUUCUUGAAGUUUUCCUCAUGAUCGUUAAUGUUGUUUUAAUCAUCCCUCGCUAAUUCUUUUGCUAGGGAUGUUGGCUGUAUACUUGUCAUGGAUAUUUUUUUCCAGAUUAAUAAAAUUGCUUAAUGGUAAA